CAAUCCAAGUCACAGCGCAAAAAAGAUGAGUCAGACACGUUUUCAAGCGUUAACCUUGUCUUAAUCUUAGGUUUUCAAACUACAGCUGCCAACAAUUGAAAUGGACGAUAACCCACAACCAACGACAUCCUGUUUGCGAUCUGCAUGUCCAAUAUGCGACAAACUUUUUGUAAUGGACGACAUCGAAAAUCACGUUAAUCGAUGCUUAUUCCUGAAUUCAACAGAAUGUGAUUCUUCGGAGACGUUGUCUAAGGAUCAGAAUAGUGAUAAGAAUCAAAGCUUUUCGCGGGAUGCCAAGCGUAGUUUCAGUAUUUUCGAAAAAUCACCUUCGGUUGCUUCAAAGCGAAAGAAAGUAGAUCAAGAUUCGAAGAUUGUGGAGGAUAUGGAAAAACAGAUAAUAGAUCUAUCCGAUGACGAUAGUCAGAAAGAAAAAAAAGUUGUAGCUCCAACGCAGACAAAAACCAUAAAGGUUACCUUAAAUGAUUCUUGUAUUCCAUUAGCUGAAAAAAUGAGACCGAAUGAGUUAGAUGAUUAUAUUGGUCAAGAACAUAUUUUGGGAAAGAAUACUGUAUUGAGGACACUUUUUGAAGGUAACAUAAUUCCGAGCAUGAUCUUUUGGGGUCCUCCUGGAUGUGGCAAAACAACUCUGGCCCAUAUUAUUGCUGCUCAUUGCAAAAAGUAUGAACACAUGCGUUUUUUAAAGCUAUCGGCCACAAUGAGUGGCGUGAACGAUGUAAAAGAGGCUAUAAAAGUAGCAAAAAACGAAAUGAAAUUUAAGCGAAGAACAAUAUUAUUUAUGGACGAGAUACAUAGAUUCAAUAAAUUACAGCAGGACAUUUUUCUACCACAUGUAGAAAGCGGUACUGUUACCCUCAUUGGAGCUACCACCGAGAAUCCUUCAUUUAGUCUCAAUUCGGCAUUGCUUAGUCGAUGUCGUGUGAUAGUGCUAGAAAAGAUUAACGUGGAUGGUAUGAUGAAAAUCUUACAAAGAGCUUUGCCUGAGUUUAAAACUAUGAUGUUUGAAAACAACAAUACUAAUCCCGAUAUUCACAAAUUGGCUUAUAUACCAAAAAUGAUGAUUAGUUCAGAAAGCAUCCGAUGGUUGGCCGAAGUUUGUGAUGGAGAUGCUCGAAUCGGUUUAAAUAGUCUUCAGUUAGCUUUAAAUUCGGCAGCUACAAAGCAGUUGGAGGCGGGACUCGAUUUUAAAACAAUUUCCUUGGAUGAUAUUAAAAAAGGCAUUAAGAAAUCUCAUCUCCUUUACGAUCGCAAGGGUGACCAACACUACGAGUUGAUAUCAGCACUACAUAAAUCAGUCCGCGCAUCUGAUGAUAAUGCUGCUCUCUAUUGGUGUACUCGGAUGCUCGCUUCCGGUGAAGAUCCACGCUAUCUAGUUCGACGAAUGAUUCGAAUGGCAAGCGAGGACAUAGGAGUAGCUGAUUCGAAUGCUUUAUCAUUGGCCACUUCUACAUUGGCUGCAGUUCAAGCUGUUGGCAUGCCAGAGGCAGAUUGCAUUAUUGCUCAUUGUGCGGUUUACUUAGCCAGAGCUCCAAAAAGUCGUGAGGUUUAUAAUGCUUUUAAUCGAUGCAAAGCUGCUAUCGAAAAUCAAAAAGGACCGAUGCCAGGAGUUCCAUUACAUUUACGAAAUGCUAGCACUAAAUUAAUGAAAGACUUGAAUUAUGGUGUCGGAUACAAUUUAUUGCACAAAGAUCAGUCAAGAUUGCGAUAUAUGCCGGAAGGAUUGGAAUAUGAGAAUUAUUUUUCGGAGUAA